UUUAGAGCACCAAGACGUAAAGGGGAGCUUGUUGUUUGUAAGAGUACGUGUAUUGUUUGUAUAUGAAAUCAUGGAGUAAAUUCAUUUAAUUUUAAGAGCAAGUGUUUUAAAUAUUGUGUCUUCUACUUUUGUGGAGGAGAGAUCGGAAACAGCACAGUCUCAUAAUGUCAAAAAUGGAUUUGGACUUCAUGUUUGACUGGGUGGAAUACUCAGUUGUUGUUAUCAUGCUCAUCCUGUCCCUCUUGGUUGGGGCAUACUACACCUUCCUCAACAAGCAGAAGACUUACAGUGACUACAUGCUGGGGGGUAGAACCAUGGGGGUGUUGCCUGUCUCCAUGUCCAUUGUGGCUAGUUUCAUCUCAGGAAUCAGUAUACUAGGUUUACCAACAGAGAUGUACCUCUAUGGAAGCCAGUGUAUGACAAAUAAUAUUGCAAAUCUUAUAAUAAUGACCGUCGCAGGCGUAUUCUAUUUGCCAGUGUACCACAAACUUCAGCUUAGUUCACUGUUGGAGUACUUGGAGCUACGGUUUGACAGCAACGUAAGAUUUAUGGGCACCCUCAUGUAUACUAUGGCUUCGGUGUUGCAUUUGCCAGCUAUUAUUUAUGUUCCAGGACUGGCAUUUAACCAAGUUACAGGAGUGCCCUUACACAUCAUCACACCCAUAAUAAGUAUCUGCUGCUUGUUCUACACUGCCUUUGGAGGGGUGAAAGCUGUGAUGUGGUCUGACACUAUACAGAAUAUGUUCACACUGGCGGCCGUCAUAUUCGUUAUACUUAUCGGUAGCUGGAGACUCGGCGGAAUACUGGAGAUCUGGAGAAUCAAUGAACAAGGUUCCAGGCUGGAGAUUUUUAACAUGGAUCCAGACCCAUUUGCCCGCAACACGUUUCUCACUGUGACGAUUGGAAGUGCGUUCUUCUUUCUCACAAACAUUGUGGCCAACCCUGGUACUGUACAGAGAUUUCUGUCCGUUCCGUCUAUUAAACAUAUCAGAUGGGUGUUGAUUUACAGCUUGAUCGGUUUCUACAUUAUAAUCAACUUGUGCACGUUCUUGGGAUUCGUUUUAUAUGCGAGGUAUCAUCAGUGUGAUCCUGUAGCAGUUGGGAUAAUAAAAAACCCUAGUCAGAUGGUGCCCUUGUACGUGAUGGAAGUAGCAAAAGACUAUCCUGGUUUGGCAGGUUUAUUUAUGUCUGGCGUAAUGAGUGCUGCACUCAGCACAAUGGCGUCUUAUUACAAUGCAACAGGAGGAAUGCUGUACAAAGAUGUAAUGGAGGUAUUUUUCCCCACCGUACACCAUUCUGAAGCCAAACAGUUCACCAUCAUCAAAGUGAUAAUUUUUGUAUUGGGUAUUAUUUCCGUGGCGAUGGUUUUUGUAGUGGAAAAGCUUGGAACGGUUUUACAGAUGUCAGUUAGCCUACUGGGAGCAGUAUACGGAUCUAUUUUAUCUCUGUUUACUCUUGGAAUAUUCUUUCCAUUUGUUAAUACUAAGGGUGCUCUGGCAGGAUCACUAACAAGUUUGGUGUUGUCGGGUUGGAUUGUCUUUAAUGCCCAAUACUACAUUAUGAAUGGAAAACUGCAGUUUCCUGGAAAAUUUACUAGUAUUGGUGGGUGUUCUAACAGCACACUGAAUCAUUUCAGUCCACGUCCAGAGCUGGUAUUCAACUACACAGGAGUUGGAUCUGAAGUACUUGCUGACAACACGGUCCCUCAGGUCUACCAACUGUCCUACAACUACUACACUGUCCUGGGCACUCUGACUGGUGUGGCGGUAGCUAUGGUCGUCUCUCUGCUGACACAAUCUCCUGACAUCACAACAAUGAACCCCGACCUAUUCACUCCCUUCGUCCACAGAUUCAUGCCUGCCAGGGAUGGCAACUUAAAAUCAAGGCCUCGUAAGGAUGAGUAUGUUUUGACCAAUCAGAAGGAACUCGGGUGAAUAAAACUAAUUUCUUUGAAA